AUGCACUGGAUUGCAUGGGAGAAGAUUUGUAUCCCUUUAGAAGAAGGAGGCCUGGAAUUUAGAGACUUAAAGAACUUCAAUAUAGCCCUGUUAGCGAAACAACUAUGGCGGAUACUAUAUUACCCCUCAUCACUGCUGGCGAGAGUCCUAAAGGCAAGAUACUUCCGACAUUCGAACCCCCUUGAUAUCGAGAAAUCAAAUGCACCAUCAUAUGGCUGGAGAAGCAUGUUGGCAGCCAAAGAUCUCUUGAAAGCAGGGAUAAGGAAAAAUAUAGCGUCAGGGGAAAGAGCCAUGGAUCCCAACUACAGCGGCUAG